AUGCUGGCCUCAUUUUCGCGACCACAACGGCAACCUCUCCGAGUGUUGAUAGACUCCUCGCUUCCUUUGGCCCAUUGUUCGGCCUCCCCUGAACCUACUUCUUCUCCUUCAUCCGAAUCCAGUUUAACGACAUCGGGUUUGACGCCCAGUACAGGCGACCCGGAGUGGCUCAUCUGCAACGUGAUAUGUAUGUUUGACUUCGAGUCAGACGAUCCAGAUCAUCUCUCGUUCACCCGCAAUGAGAUUCUCGCCGUUGUGAAGAUGGAGGAUUCAGGUUGGUGGGCUGCUAUGCGUCCCGAGGGGGACCGUCUCGGGUGGAUUCCAAGCUCCUUCGUAGAGCGUCUCACGGAAACAGCCGUAGAAGAGCCAGAUAAGGAGGACGUCCACACCUGGAUCCAUAACCUUGAAGAAAACAAGGCGAGAAAUUCCGAAUCAGAGACUGAUUCGGAAUGUAUACAACUCAGGGACAUAUUGAAUACUGUGUCGGAUGUGGCGAAGCCCCUGUUACUACCCAGUAACCAGUUGCGUCGUGAAGAUUCACGAAGGAGCAGCCAAAUUUAUGACUCUUUCUUCAGCUUGUUUGAUGAUGAACCGUCACCAUAUGGUUUAACCCGUCCUUCCCCUUUUCCUUUGCACAGCAUGUCACAACCCUCCCCCCCAGUCCAGCGUUCGAAGUUCCUUAUAAACCACCCGGAAAACUCGACGACCUACAAUUGUCAUGCUUCAGUAUUGAUCCAGAGCGCUCUCUGCCAUCAUCGCCUUAUCCCCGCCGCCCCCGCCGUCUAG